GAUUCUUUGAUUGGGGAUCUUCUUGACAUCGACGUUGGUCCCACAACCACUGCAUUGGAUCCAAGUUCUAUAUAUGCUUUUCCAUCGAAAGGUGAUCCUAUGGCGCCUAUGUCUGGGGCUGCUGCAGCCAGUUCGGGAGACUUGCUUGGCGAUGGUCUUGAUGAUCUCCUUCCUGGCGCAAGUUUGACUCAUAAUAUAGCCCCGGGGACUAAAUCAGGUCUUUAUUACAUCUCAGCAAUGCAGUUACACUCCCUAAAUUAUUCAAAUAUCGCUUUUGAUUUUAUCAUUAAUAUCCGUUUUUCUGCUUUAUAA